AACGUUUUGUGCUUGAUUAGAUACCAAGAAAAGGUGAGAUGUCCAUUUCUUUUCCUUUUGCAUAAACCAGAAGCUAAUAAUAAUAAUCAUGAUAAUAAUAAUAAGGGUGAGACUACUGAGCAAAUAAACGAGGCGCCCUUCUGCGUUUAUGGGGUCUAUCUGCAUAAUUCAGGAAUCAGGUAUGGAUGGCAUGUGGUUGAAUGUGAUCUGCUUUUACUACCAUCUCCUAUUUUUGUGGGUGUAAAGUAGGUAUGCCUAUGAAUGUCCUGGAAGUUUUUCUUUUUUCAGAUUCUGUUGUUCAUUAUAUUAGAGGGAGCUGCUCAAAAUCAGCACUUUAUUUGUUUCACGCCCGAUCUGCAGCUUAUUGUGUUCACUAGAAAGAAUUUUCUGUCAAGGUAACCAUGGAUCUUGAGUGUGGGAAGCAUAGGGAUACCUCGAAGAAGGAUUCUUGGAAGACAUUAUUUCUUUUAGCAUAUCAAAGCCUUGGGGUAGUCUAUGGCGACUUGAGUACUUCCCCUCUCUAUGUUUAUAAAAGCACCUUUGCUGAUGACAUUCAACAUUCAGAUACAAAUGAAGAGAUUUAUGGUGUUCUGUCCUUCGUCUUCUGGACCAUCACUUUAAUCCCCUUAUUCAAGUAUGUUUUUGUUGUCCUUAGAGCUGAUGAUAACGGAGAGGGAGGUACUUUUGCUUUGUAUUCUUUGAUAUGCCGCCAUGCAAAAGUUAGCCUUAUUCCCAACAGACAGGUUGCUGAUGAAGCCCUCUCUACAUAUAAGCUGGAGCACCCUCCAGAGAAGAAGAACAGCUCAAGAGUAAAAAUGUACCUUGAGAAACAAAAGGUCUUGCACACUGCUUUGCUAAUCCUGGUUCUUUUGGGCACAUGUAUGGUCAUUGGAGAUGGACUUCUUACUCCAGCUAUUUCUGUUUUCUCUGCAGUCUCUGGCCUUGAGUUAUCUAUGUCUGCAGACCACCAUCAGUAUGCAGUGAUUCCAAUAACUUGCUUUGUCUUGGUGUGUCUUUUUGCACUUCAACACUAUGGCACACAUCGGGUGGGAUUUUUGUUUGCACCUGUAGUGUUGACAUGGCUACUGUGCAUCAGUGGCCUGGGCUUGUAUAACAUAAUGCACUGGAACCCACAUGUCUAUCAAGCUCUUUCUCCAUAUUACAUGUUCAAGUUUUUGAAGAAGACACGGAAAGGUGGGUGGAUGUCUUUAGGAGGAAUACUUCUGUGUAUAACAGGCUCAGAGGCAAUGUUUGCUGAUCUUGGUCACUUCUCCUAUGCUGCAAUUCAGAUUGCUUUCACUUUUCUGGUUUAUCCAGCACUUAUAUUGGCUUACAUGGGGCAAGCAGCUUACUUGUCACGGCAUCACCAUACAAGUUACGAGAUCAGUUUCUAUGUGUCAGUGCCAGAAAAUGUAAGGUGGCCAGUGCUUAUCAUUGCCAUUCUUGCUUCUGUUGUUGGAAGCCAAGCAAUCAUUAGUGGAACAUUCUCGAUCAUAAACCAGAGUCAAUCCCUUGGCUGUUUUCCCAGAGUCAAGGUUAUUCACACCUCUGAGGAGAUACAUGGCCAGAUUUAUAUCCCUGAGAUCAAUUGGAUGCUUAUGAUACUAUGCAUUGCAGUGACAGUCGGAUUUAGAGAUGUAAAACACAUGGGAAAUGCAUCAGGGUUAGCUGUGAUGACAGUGAUGUUGGUAACGACAUGCCUCACUUCCAUGGUUAUUAUCCUUUGUUGGCACAAGCCCCCUAUAGUCGCCCUUUGCUUUCUGUUUUUCUUCGGAUCAGUUGAAUUGCUUUACUUUUCAGCUUCACUCACCAAGUUCAGAGAAGGUGCCUGGCUUCCUAUUCUGCUUGCCCUUUUCCUCAUGACCAUCAUGUUUGUUUGGCAUUAUGCCACUAAUAAGAAAUAUGAAUAUGAUCUCCACAACAAGGUAUCAUUAGAAUGGCUUUUAGCCUUGGGACCAAGCUUAGGAAUUGCUAGAGUGCCUGGUAUUGGGUUGGUUUUCACUGAUCUCACCUCAGGCAUCCCUGCUAAUUUCUCUCGCUUUGUCACUAACCUCCCUGCUUUUCACCGUGUUCUUGUUUUUGUGUGUGUUAAAUCGGUACCUGUCCCUCAUGUUCCCCUUGCCGAACGUUACCUUGUUGGCCGUGUGGGACCUGCUGCUCAUCGUUCCUACAGGUGCAUUGUGCGUUAUGGAUACCGUGACGUACACCAGGAUGUUGAUUCUUUUGAAGCUGAACUAGUUAAGAAGCUGGCUGAUUUCAUACGUUAUGAUUGGUAUCAAACAGCACGGCAUACAAGUUCUUGCAUGGAUGAGGAAGCUUGUGGCUCUAAUGAGUCGAGUGAAUGUAGAUUUGCAGUGAUUGGGACUACAAUGGCAUAUGAGAUGGAGGAGACUGUUGAAGUGGCAAGUGUAUCUGCUGGAUUGUCAACAGUAGAGAGUGUGAAUGAUGUUAUUGAGAUGGGCGUGGCUGAAAGAAGAAGAGUGAGAUUUGCCAUUGAUGAUGAGUCUGAAACAGAUGAGGUAGAGAGGGAUGUCCAUGUGCAGUUGCAAGAAGAAGUAGAAGAUCUAUUAGCUGCUCAGCAGGCUGGGACGGCAUUCAUACUUGGGCAUUCCCAUGUUAGAGCAAAACAAGGGUCAUCUCUCCUGAGGAGAUUGGCCAUUAAUUUUGGGUAUAAUUUCUUGAGAAGGAAUUGCCGUGGCCCAGAUGUAGCACUCAAGGUUCCACCUGUGUCUCUGCUAGAGGUUGGUAUGGUUUAUGUUGUGUAACCCGUGAGCGGGUUGGGUGACGUGGAAUGUAAUAAUGUAAUUUUCUUGGUAGAAUAAUACUAAUACAAAUGGUAGUAGUAU